CAUCUCGACCCAGGCCGCAAAAAUGAGCGCCCAAGCCUACUAUGAGCUCUAUCGGGGCAGCAGUAUCGGCCUGUCCCUCACUGACACCCUUGAUGACCUGAUCAAUGAGGGCCGGAUCGAGCCGCAGCUUGCUAUGAAGAUCCUGUCCAACUUUGACCGGGUUAUUACGGAAGUCCUAGCUGAGAAGGUUAGGGCAAAGUUGUCCUUCAAGGGCCAUUUGGAUACAUAUCGCUUCUGCGAUGAAGUCUGGACGUUCCUCAUCAAGGAUGCUACGUUCAAGCUAGAUAAUCAGACAACGGUCCAUGCAGACAAGGUCAAAAUCGUGAGCUGCAACAGCAAACGUCCCGGCGAGACUUGAGCGGCAAAACGCUUCCUGAUUACUUUCAUCACUUUCGUUCCAAAGUUAAAUGAGUUAUGAUGCAAGAGGAUACGCUUGGAAUUUGUCAAUCCCUAUUCGAUUGGUGGGAUAUAUUUCAAAUGGCGUUACUUUAAAAACCCACGAGGAUACCGGGUCCGGAGGAUCACAGGCGUUAGGGAUAAGGGAGUUACGAUGUAUAGACAAUUCUGGAUGACGCGACGAGAGUAUUAUUCUGGGUCUCUAGUCCGCGAAGCUCUUCGAAUGAAUGUUGCUUGAGAAGAAAUAUCUUAAAUUGAAAAUGCAAUUGAUAUUUCUUCCCUGAAC